UCUAAAAAUCCUAAAUGUUAGGAGAGCAGAUGUAACGUUACUUAAAUCAGAGAUUUAUUAAGGCGUUAAAAUGUCGGUGCUUCGAAAAUCCAACAUUUAGUUCAGACGGAGUCUUUUCUAACGGAUCAUCCAGACACCAGCAGCCACCCCGAGCACCGGCAGCGUCCGUGUGUUUACCGGAGGACGAAACUCUCCGGUUCCAGGACAACAAAACAGCGCAGUGCGGCCGUUUUUCUUCCACUGUGUCUUCACAUGUCUCUGUUAACCGAAACACCUAUGUUCCACCGGAAACGAGGAGCUUUUAAGCGUUUUAGGAGCACAAUUGUACAGAAAAGUGUCAGCGAGCCGCACGCGGUCACCGUGUGUCCGACAGCUUGGAAGCCUCCUGGAAGCGACAGACAAGGAGCUGGAAGCCGAACAUGAGCCGAGUGUGGAGAGACACGCGUGUCGUUGUCGUGGAAACGAACGUGAAGUGUGAAAAGGUUGAUUUUGUGCGUAUUUUGUGUCUAAAUCGUGUCGAAGAAAACACAAAUGUGGCCGCGGUUUUGAGGCGGCGGCAGGCCGGCGCGGUGUGUUGCCCCUUUACGGUUCUCAUGGUAUUUAUUAGUCCCGCCUCCUGCGUCCAGCUCGGACACUUUGAGACAAACAGAGACGCAGAAACAUGGCAGAAGAAGCUCCAGCAGCUGCACCGGCUAAAGCUCCGGUCAAAGCCCCGAAGAAGAAGGCUGCCAGGCCCAAGAAGGAUGGACCCACACUCCCGAAGCUCAUCGUCGCCGCUGUGGCCGAGUCUAAGGAGCGGAAGGGCAUCUCACUGGCUGCGAUCAAGAAGGUUCUGGCGGCCAAAAAUAUCGAUUUGACCAAGGCAAACAAACGCAUCAACACCGCCAUCACCAAGCUGGUCACUAAGGGGGUUCUGAGCCAGACUAAGGGCACCGGAGCCUCCGGCUCCUUCAAGCUCGCCAAGAAGGAGCCCAAAGCCUCCAAACCGGUCAAAAAAGUGGCCAAGAAGAAGGCUCCCGUCAAAGCUAAGAAACCCGCCGCCGCUAAAGCUAAGAAACCCACAGCGGCCAAGAAGGCAGCAGCUAAGAAGACAGCGGUCAAGAAAUCCCCGAAGAAGGCAGCGGCCAAGAAAGCCGUCAAGAAGACACCGAAGAAGAGCCCCAAGAAGCCCGCCGCUAAGAAGCCCAAAGCUGCAGCCAAGAAGCCCGCAGCAAAGAAAAGUGCAGCCAAGAAGCCCAAAGCUAAGAAAACUGCCAAGAAGUGAAACUGCUUCAUCUCCACUCACUCAUCACCAAAGGCUCUUUUCAGAGCCACCACAGCCUCCACUAAAGACUAAGAGAGCUGCUGCCUCACUCAUCACUACAUCCCUCUCACAAUACUACUCCCAUCAUUAUAACAUUCAUAGAUCAACCUUCAUUUACAGAAAACUAGCACAUUUUUGGAUCAUUUUAGCAAUAUUAAGGCUUUCUACUUGCUCUCUUCUCAUCCAGGUUUUGUCUUGUCAUUUUUACACCAUCUGACUAUGAAGUCAUUCAAACUUAAUCACAAAAUUGCACUUCUUUCUAAUUAACUAAUGUGAUAUUUUGAGUUUCACAGGUUGAAAAGUGACCUUUAGAACACUGCAGUGAAAGACCAUCCAAAUAAGUUCUGACGGUGAUCAGACCAACAAGUUACUACUCAGGGAAAAUUCUUGUACACAUAUUUCUACAUUUCUCCCUUCUGUUCAUAUAUAAAUAAGAGCUGAAGUGUAAUUCAGAACUAAAAGCUGUAAUAUUUUAAAAUCAUUUUACUAUUACCUCUCUGUAACACAAUAUAUAUUUUACAAUUUCUAUUAUUUGAUUUUCCUGACAACUGUUUAUACAAAAAAGCAAAAUAACUUGAUUACAAUAUUUCUGUUUUGUUUCUAUUUUAAAUUGAAUAUACUUUGCAAUCUCAUUCUGCUCUGUUAAGUAUUUAUGUCUUUGAUAAUAAUGUUCCCCAUUUUAAAAGACUGACCUCUAUCUGAGGAGGUGUUUCACAUGUGUGUGCUCAUUUAUUAUGACUUUGAUUUUAGUUUAUGAAAUGUGUUAUAUCA